AUCUGGGAGUGUUUGCUGCGGCCUUAUGUGGGCGACCAGUGCGUGCUGUACCGGCACGCCAUGUGGCUGGGACUCCCGCUCGUGUGGCUGGCCAUUGUGCCCCUGAUAGGUAAUCAUAGCCCUAAGCACAGCCUGGAAGCUGAUACACUCUUGUCACUUCUGGAUCUGCGAUUCUUUAUGGUUGCAGCAAGUGGACUCGCCAGAGUGCGUUCCGUAUGCAAGUCGAGGUUGGGCAGCAGCGGCGAGGACUCGAUUUCAUCUGCAACCGACAUGCACCUCGCGCCGUCCCCAUCAGUGGCCAGUGGCAAGGCCGAGCAGCCUCACCAUCGUGGCCCACACAGGCGAGCCGUCAGCUUUCAGGACGCACAAACCGAGCCAGUGACGCCCUCGUUUCAGCGCUUUUCAGCGGAGUAUUCCGAGUGUAUUCGAUUGCGGGAGUGGCUCGACAAUCGCGGCACCAUGAUGAUCGUUACUCUCCUCUUUAUCCAUCCGUGUGUCACCAGGAACAUGCUGGUCCUCCUCCGCUGCCGGCCCUACCCUUAUGUGGACUCGGUCAUCUCUCUUGCUGCCGACGAGAGCAUCACGUUACUGCCCACCGACCCGACGGAUGACAUGCGGCCCCGAAUGGACAUCGACUCAGACAUCAUCUGCGGCUCUCCCGACCAUGCGCCGUUCCUGUGGAUCGCCGUGGCCGGUCUGCUGCUGUGGACCUUCGGCCCUGUGGUAUGUGGCGUGGCUUUCCUGUGGCGGCACAGAGGCAGGCUGCACAACACCAAUAUGCGCAAGCGGGUGGGCUUCGUGUAUGUGGGCUAUCGGAAGCCCUUCUUUUACUGGGAUGCCGUGCUGGCCAUGAGGCGUGUCCUGGUGCUCCUUAUCGCCCAACAAGCGACUGCACAGCCGCGCCAGCAAGUGCUCGCCUGGAUGGCGGUCGCCUUUGUGUGUCUUGCGCUGCAAUUCGCUGUGUGGCCAUUCGACCGAGGCAACAUGGACAUACUGAAUCGAAGCGAACUGCGUGGGCUGCUGGUGUGGCUGAUGUCGCUGUUCGUCAUGCAGUAUCUGGUCAUAGCGACGCCGACAUUCCAAGUGACCAUCUCGUUGGUCAUGGCGGUCAUCGGUGCCAAUCUGGCGCAUUACUUCGUAUUGGUGGCGCAGAUCUGUCGGUUUGGGCUGCUGCAAAUGGGCUACAAAUACACAGCACUCACCGAUAGGAAUAAGGGCAUUGGUAGGCAGAGUCUGCACGCUGAGUCCGCUGAUCUUGUUGCAUCUAGUAUGAUGCCUUUGUCCGCCUGCCUGCCUUUGUCUCAUAUCGUUUCGUUGCAGCUCACGUGAUGACGGGUUGUGUGACGGGCCCUCUGGUGUCGUGGUUCAUCCACCGAGAGGAGGACAAGCGGCGAGUCUCGCCAAAGGUCUUCUAUGACUGGGACAGCGCGGCUUUCUCUGCUGACAGCCCCCCUGCUGCAUCAGAGGGGUGGUGCCAUCCGUCUGUCGACCGUUCGGUGCAUCGGGUGGUCACCGCCAUGCAGCUGACGUCAGCCGCCGUGAGGGAAGCUAUCGAGAGACUCAAACUCACACACGUCCCCAGCGACUUGUAAGAACACACAACCCCACUGCCACUACCAGCAUGCACAGUGAAUGAUCUGCCUAUGUGUGUGUUUGGUGGUUUGGUCAGUCAUGAGUUUCUGUGGAGCCAUGCCUUCUUGGUGCAGAGCUUACGGCAAAAGCGUGUGGGUACGCGCAGCCGCACAAGGGACCAAGUGGUCGUCCACCUGCCCAAACCCGACGACAGCAGCGCCACCGUAAACAAGACAACAAGUGAAGGCCCCUCUGGCUGCAUGUAUCCCUGGCUUGGCUGGGCAGAAACUGCGGGACAUGAACACUGCCGACCUCUCGGACGCCUUCCUCAACCAGUGCUCCACCAAAGGUCAUAAUUGCCACUUGAUCGAUUCGCGUUGUCAUGUGAUGGUGCUGUCUUCAGUGUCAACUCGGUCGGAGGAUGGCAAGACGUUCAGUCAUGUGCGCGUUGCUCCGCCGGGGGCAUCCCACAUCGACCUACGGGCGGCAGGCAGGUCCGCAUCCCACACAUGAAUGCCAUUGAUUGCAUCUGUCUGUCUGUUUGUGUAUCGUGUCAGCGCUGAUGUGAAGGGCAUAAGUCUCUAUGACCUGCAGGCCAACUUGUGCUAUGUGGUGGACGAGCUCGUCAGCAGAGAGCAGCUGUACCAGGCUACCUUGCGAACGAGUGACGACAGUGAUCUCGAGAAGGCCGACACGGAGGCGUCGACAGACAACCACCACCAGCAGCACACCGGUGGCUGGCGGGGACUCUAUGAGGGCUUCCGCAAGGUCAAACGGACACUCAUCCAGAAGGGCAGCCCACCGGUCAGUAAGCAAGAGGUGCUCACGCUCUCUCUUCUCUGUGAGCCCGCGUGUGCUCAUUUGUGUUGUUCGUUGGAUGUAGGAUGCCAUCCCGGAGGUCCUUGCAAGCCUCGCUCACUCCAUGGGGGAGACGCUUGGCGAUGCAGCAGAUGACGUGCCCAUCAGUGGGGCAUUGUCGCCCGUCAGCUCGACCCAAUCUCGGCUGAGCGACGUCCACACCGGCUCCCUGACGCCCCCCUGCCACCUCAUGCGCGUCGAUUGGCAUCGGCUGAGCAGUGAUGAGAAGGACAGCGUGGCGUUGUCGGUGUCGGCCGAGGCCGUCUACAACACGUGCAGCGGCCUUUCUCCAUCGGGGGCAGCCGCGGUCUUUGAUUGAUGGAUGACGUUUUAUCAAUCAGCUCAGGCGUCGUAGUCGGCGUGAGUGUCUCUACUUGGAAGCCGAUGAUUUUCUACCGGGCUGUCUUUCGUGUCGUUCGUGCUAUCCGUCAGUCAGUGUGAGUGAGGGCAAUGCACUCGAUCCGCUGUGUGCACAUGAAUGCAACCGCAUACACGACGUGCAAUCGACGCGUCUGUCAGCCUGAUGGCUGUGUUCACAACCGUGAACACAGUCGGAUCGGGUGUAGUGUGCGAUGCUUUCAUGCGCACAUGGCUAUGGACAGACAUGCGCCGCUUUGGCCGCUUCACAUGACUGGAUCGGUCAUCUGAAGGCCUUUGGCGCAUACAGUCGUUUACUUUUGUGGUAGUUGGGCAAGGACGGAAAUGACAGUUUUUUUACGGGCGAGUUGGUGUGUUCGCCACAUCAGGUAGCUGUGCAGCUAGAGGUGAACAGUUUGGUGAGGAGGGGAGGGGUAAGGUGUGGGUGGCAGCGAGUUCAUUCAGUAUGUCUUUAUGGCAAGUGUGCGAUGGCCUAGAUGCAACUGUGAGUGGCGUUCAAUCGACGGUGUGCUGCGUUUGGUCACCAGCAUUCACGUGCCGUUAUUAUUGCACAUGGAUGACGGUGGAGUGAGUGCCCGAUGGCCGCAUUGCAUGGGUAAUUCGUUAUCACGUGAAACGGUCUUUUUUUUCUCAUGUGAAAACAGACUUCUUGCCACCCUCAGGCAAGCCUUGCGAGGCCUUACAGGCCCGAAUGAUCCGAAUGCGACGCAUUUGCAGUGAA